GAAGGGCAGAAGUUAGACACUAGUAACCAGAAGGGCUGUGUAGGGUAGAAGCCAUGGGGAUGGUACUUUGGUGGACCCUACUAUGGAUAUUGAGAUACUGUCACACACUUUCAGCUGAGGUGUUGGUGCAGUAUAAAUUCUUCAUUCCUGGGGAGGAUCAGGGGAUCUCUCUACAAGCCCCUGCUGAGCCCAAAGGGAAAGAAUUCAUCUGGGAGCGGACAUCUCAUGACGGACAAUAUACAAACGCUCGCAUAAUAACUAUGCAGUCUGAUGGAAAGUAUUCAUGGAAUCUUAAUGGGAAGCCCAUUACAAAACAAGGAAAGUAUGACCUUUCUCUGGAACCAGAGUUAGAAAAUGCAGGAGUUUUUACUUUCAUUCAAACUAAACCAGAGAAAGUUAAUCUGGUGCAGUUUGAAGUGUCUGCUGUAGUAGUGAAACCAUUGCGCUCUCUCAGAACACAUGAAGGAUCUGAUGUGACCAUGAGCUGUGAGGUAUCCCACCUUCCAGAUUCAGCUACACUGGCCUGGGAACGGAACAGAGAACCCACUGCUAACACAACGCUGCUCUACAACAACACUGCCCACAUCAUCAUCCACAGUGUCGAACAACACAGUGAGGGAACCUAUGACUGUACACUCCGACGGAACGGAACGCUUAUUUUCAGCGUUCCCAAUGAACUUAAAGUCACCAAGGAAACAUUUGCGACACACCACACUCUGUACAGAGGGAGUUUGAACAGCAGUGAGGCGGUGCUAAUCUGCCAUUCUCUGAUCUCAUACACAAAAGCCACCUGGUCUUGGGUGCCAGCGUCUGAGACCCAAGCAAUCCUUGUGGCCUCAGCUGGUAAACACAAGAAUGCUUCAAUUUCCAUGGAGAUGGACAAAGAGAGAUUCUCAUGUGAUGUCUAUGAUGGGUCUAAGUUUCCUUUGAAAAUCUCACCAGUGAAGUUUGGAGACAGUGGAAGGGGGGCAGGGGGGAGCUCGUAA